ACGGCUUAUGGGACUGGAAGGACUGGGACGAGACUUUUCUCUGCACCGCGGUGUUUUGGCGUUUACAACAUGAGAAAAAAACUACGUGACAACUAAAAGCGUACCAUAGCACCAGCCAGUCAUGGAUGCCGCAUUUGAGAGGCACCGCUCGGAGCUGGUGGCCCGGGAGAGGAGCGGACACACGGCUGUGGUGGAGGAAAACCUGCUGUAUGUUUGGGGAGGUUACAUGUCAGUUGCUGACGAUGAAGUUUUCCUUCCCAAUGAUGAAAUCUGGGUGUAUGACUUACAACAAGGUGUAUGGGAGGUGUUUCACAUGUCAGGGGAAGUCCCUCCCUCUAUGUCAGGGACCUGCGGCUGCUCUGUGAAUGGACACAUGUACAUAUUUGGAGGCUGUGAUGACAAUGGACAGACCAAUCAGAUCUAUUGUGUCAACCUGACAGACGGUAAAUACACGUGGAAGAAGAUCAUGCAUGAGAUCGGUUCUGCUCCCUCACCUCGAGACAAACUGUCCUGCUGGGUUCACAAUGGGAGGAUCAUCUACUUUGGGGGAUAUGGUCACAAACUACUGACGGAUCUUGAUAGCAGGAACAGGAGCUUCAUUGUAGAUGAAACAUCAUGGGUGGGAGAUCUCUUCUGGGGAUGGAACAAUGAGGUUCAUAUAUUUGACCCCAUGCAAGCCAGUUGGAGUGAACCACAAACUCAUGGCCGUGCUCCAGCCCCCAGAGCCGCCCAUGCCAGCGCCACAAUAGGAUGUAGAGGAUACAUUUGUGGAGGCAGAGUCAUGGAAGCCAGGACGAGUGACAUUCACUGCCUGGACUUUCAAACAUGGACGUGGUCAGAAAUAAUCCCAGUUUCCACCACUCCAGUGGGCAGAUCGUGGCAUACCCUCACAGCGGUAUCAGACAGCACCUUGUUCCUGUUUGGGGGCCUCAGUGUAGACUGCAAACCAAUGAGCGAUGCCUGGUUGCUGGAUAUUGACUCAAAGAAAUGGAGAGAAGUCGAACAUCCCUAUAAGAAUAAGCCAAGGUUGUGGCACACAGCGAGUCUUAGCAAAGACUCUGAUGUGAUUGUGUUUGGUGGAAGUUGUGACUACAUCCUUCUUGUUGACACUGGUCACUGCAAUGAUGCACUUGUUUUCCAGACACAGCCAUAUCCUCUGUUCAGGAUUUGUGAGGAUUAUAUUGCAAAGAAUGUGAGGAACUAUGAGAUGCUCAGAAAUCAGCUUCCACUGCUGCCUCCCAAACUGCUGACAGCCGUACAGAGGAGGAUGUCUUUCUACAGGCCUUCAAAGAAGCAAAAAUACUAGUUUAAAGAAUGUCUCAGUUGCCAAAAACAGUGUAUUAUCAUACCAUUUUUUAAAAAAAAAUUCAGUACUGUACUCCCUUCAGUGUGAACAUCUCCACUACACUGUGGGAUAAGCAUUUUUAUUUAUAAAAUAUAUUGUGCAAGAUAUUUUAUGGUGUUAUAUUUGAUUGUUUUAGAGAUGCAAAUUUUAUUUUGUACAGUCUGCCUGCUGCAAUACUCUAACAAGCUGUUUCUGUGAUGAUUAAAAGGCACAUUGAACUGUU